UCUAGGGGGAGGACUGUUGUGGUGGGAACACUGUUCAGGAGGUCUGCCUAUUUAACAAAUAGUUGUAUGAAAUCCCGGAGUUUUAUUUUUCAAGAAAGCUAUUAAAAAUGUCGAAUCCUCUUCUCCGCUGGUGUCAGGACAAGUUAAAUCGCGAAUUCGGACUGGAAGCAAGCGAUGACAUCGUUGAGUACAUUAUUUCCAUAGAGAAUGCAGAGGAAAUUGAGGAGUAUGUAAGAGACUUGGUUCAGGGAGCAGAAGGAAAGAAGAAACAGUUUAUUGAGGAGUUUCUUGAACGAUGGCGUUGUUCACAUCAAAAGGUCCCAGAGAGCACCUUCUCCAGCAUGAAAAACUCAGUUCCAGAAACGGCAGAAUCAAAUAAGGGUUUUGAUCAGAUGAAAAAAUCAAAGCGGAAGGGAAGAAACAAGCAAGAAGCUUUAACUUUUGCAGAACAAGAGCCAGUUGUGGCAGCAGUGAAAACACCUAUAGAUUUGGUAAAGGCACAUGAAAAUAGCUCCUCCUCUUCCAAGAAGAAGACCAAGUUUAUCAAUUUAUAUGCAAAAGAGGGUCAGGAUCGGCUGGCAGUUUUACUUCCUGGUCGCUACUCAUGCGAGUGUCUGGCACAAAAACAUAGGCUUAUUAAUAAUUGUUUAAAUUGUGGUCGAAUUAUUUGUGAACAGGAAGGUUCAGGGCCCUGCCUAUUCUGUGGAAGUCUGGUUUGCUCUAAGGAAGAGCAAGAGGUUCUUCAGCGGGAUUCAAACAAAAGCCAGAAGCUGUUGAAGAAGCUAUUGUCAGGCUUUGAGAAACCAUGUGUUUCUGAAUUCUCAGACCAGGAUUUGCUUCCUCACCAGCAACUCAGGAUGAAAGAAGGCCUAGAAAAGGCCGUGCAACACAAAGACAAGCUUUUGGAAUUUGACAAGAACAGUGUGCGUCGUACAAAAGUGAUUGAUGAUGAAUCAGAUUACUAUGCAACAGAUUCAAAUCAGUGGCUAUCAAAAAGUGAGAGAGAAGCUUUGAGGAAAAAAGAGGAAGAGCUCCGGAACCUUCGUCACUCCUCCCGCACCAGCCGGAAAAUCACAAUUGACUUUGCGGGCCGUCAGAUUAUUGACGAUGAGAACAACAUGACGGAAUACUAUAGCAAAUAUGAUGAAAAUUUGGAAGUAUUCACCUCACCAUCUCCAACUAUUAACAAAGGCCAGCAGCCGCUACGAGACCUUGUAAAUCCAAAUAUUAGUUUAGUUGCACCCCAGUGGAUGGAUCCCAGCAGUUCUGAUUUAAUGAGGAAGUCUAGAAACGAAGAGGCCAAGGAUUGGAAAUUGGACAUCAAAACAGAACGUAAACAUUUAAGAAUACAAGACAGAGAACUGCAAGAAAUGGCAGACAGUGGGUGUUGCCUCAGCAUGCACCAGCCUUGGGCUUCUUUACUUGUCAAAGGGAUUAAGAGAGUUGAAGGGAGAACCUGGUACACCCCACACAGGGGGCGGCUUUGGAUAGCAGCUGCAGCCAAGAGGCCAACUCCACAAGAAAUUUCCCAGGUUGAAGAUACAUACAGGUUUAUCUACAAAGAAGGUAAAAGAAAAAAAAAAAGUUGCAAGAAAUGGCUUUUGAUAUUCGUAACUAGUUUUAAUCAUUUCUUAACUUGA